AUGGCUGCGCAUCCGGACGUGAUGCGCGGCGUGCUGAAGCGCAAGCUGCAGAUGGAGCAGCAGGAAUUUACUGGUGUCAAGAAGCAGCGCGUGAAGAAGGCAACAUAUACCGCUAUGGAUGUGAUGAAUCGUCUGCUGGCACCUGACGGAAAAGUUGGCUACAAUGUGACGGAUUUGGAGUGGGAACAGCUCGUGCAGCUCACGCAGCAGAGCGAGCGUUUCAACCAUUUUUUCUCGUUUCCAGAGGAUGAAAAUAAUUGGGUCACAACCAAGAAGAAAAAGAGGAAGACGCACUUGAAGAUUGUAGCUGUCGAUUGCGAGAUGUGCGUCACACAGAAAGAAGGCUCUCGUGACCGCAAGGCCAACGCUCUAUGUCGAGUAUCGGCAGUGGAUGGAGAGAAUAUGCUGCGUAGCAUUAUCUCGGACUUUAUCGUGCACCAACCGGAGCCUGGAUAUCAUAUGUUUGAUCCGAAGACGGACAUUCACGGCAUCACGCCACAGCAGAUUGCAAAUUGCAAGAUCACGGUAGCACAAGCACAAAAGAAAAUGCUCAAGUACAUCAACCAGGACACAAUUGUAGUGGGUCACUCAGUAUAUGGGGAUCUGGCCAGUUUGCGUAUCAAUCAUCGACGCGUUAUUGACACGUCCCUCAUUUUCCAACGGAUAGAUGGAAAUCCGUCGCGCUCGACGCCGGGACUCAAGGAUCUUACCAAAUUCUUGCUUGGCUUUGACAUGCCGCAGGGACAUGACAGUACCGUCGAUGCUCAAGCUGCUAUGAUGGCAGCCAAGUAUGCUGUUCGACAUGAGACCGGUCGGAUCAUCCCAUCGGCGCUGGAGCUGCACGGACCUCGUGUCAAAGAGCGGCGUGACGAGAUCCUAUAUCCUGGGAGGAUACAAGUCACAAAGAAGUAUACAGGCCCUGCUGUGCUUGUUACGUCGGCGUUCAAGCUUGAUCAACUAACUGGCGAUCCUUCCAAAUCAUCGAAAGCCACGACCGUCAAAGCUCCGUCAAAUGAAGCGUCCUACGUCGAUAUGGCCGCUUUCACGAAGGAAAGUACUGAACAACCGCGCACUUCUAACGGUAUCUCUGACGCUAUGAUUGCACGUUCCUGUCGAUUGCGGGUGCAUCGAAUUCCGAAGGGCUUAUUGAGUGAGGACAUUGAAAAGUUCUUUCUUGAGAACACCAAUAUUGUCCCGACCGCAGUGGAGGCAAUUGUAUGGUUGCCAAACCAAAACCGAGGCUCAUGCAGUGUGACCUUCUCGAGCAAUGCCCAUGCAGCACUAGCGUUCAACAGCGCCGGGGGACCGAAUGGGAAGAUGAAGGUCAUCAAUGACUCCAUUGGUCGUCCACAGAAAACGAUUGCAGUUGUGAAUCUCAAGGGAAAGACGUAUAAGAAUGUGGUACUCGGCAUACUGUAG